AUGUUUUUAUUUUUUAUUUUUAGGGUUAAACUUCACCACACAAAUAGCCUAUUUAAUGUUUUCCUUGUUUUUAAUGUAGGGGACCAGUGUAAGAAGUUGUACGAAAAUAUGCGAACUCGGCUAGGUAAGAUAUUGAACAAGGAGAAGAAAAGUGGAUCUGGGCAAACCAACAGAACGACACGUGAUGAUGAGAUAGUGAACACGUGGGGAUUUCUGAAGCAACACAUUGUUCGUGGCAAGACAACGGCAAGUGACACGUUUGAUAGAGAAGGGGAAGUGCACGAACGAGAAGAUGAUGAAGUUUCUAUCAUGUCAGUUUCAGAAGAUAUGGAUAAUGAGACCUUGAUCCCGUUGAAGGAUCGGGUCCCAAUGUCGGCACGCUCCGAAGCCUCUGGAACUUCUGGAAGAAGAACUCCAGUUUCUCGAUCAAGUACUGUUUUGCAGAAUAACCUCGACGAUGCUCUCCGUCAGGUUCUUUCAAGAGCGGAUAAUUUGGGCCAGACAGCUGCGUUGACAGGUCAAAAAAAGAUCGUCCAUGAUUUUGCCUGUCUUCUGGAGGGCCAUAUGCAGAAAAUUCCAGAGGAAUCGUGGCACAGUUUCCAAAUUGAAUGUCUGCAACUCGUUCACAAUUUCAAACAGCCAACCAGGCCAACUCAACCAUGUCAACAGCAACCCUCGUCAUGGCAGUCAUGGCAGUCAAGCCAGUGGCCGAUCAAUAGUCAUUGGUCCAGUUUCAAUCAAUGGUCUCCAGCAAGUCCAUCCUUCAACAAUGUUGGGAUGCCAGCCGCGCCUUCAGCUGUGCCUGUACCGAUACCAACGUCUUCUCAGCAGUCCACUGCUUCGACCCCACCCUCCCGACGUAGUAAUGAGAUGGUUUCCUCGGUUCUGGAAGAGCUUGGAGAAGAAGAAUAAUGUGUUCAACAGCAGCCGGUGAUUAAGAAAAGGCAAUACUGGUUACAAAACUAACGUCUUCCAUAUCGGGACACUCUUUCAGUACUUACCUUAAUUCUUACAUGGUAAAAAAGAAAAAAGUAAAAAAAGAAAUUGUUAUUUGUUGUUGCCUUUGCAAGGAAUUUUAU